AUGGAGAGUCCAUAGAAUAGGUUUUUCGUAAAAAAGCAGAAGUUACUCAAGCUCAAGGUAGUUUAGCAUUACCCAAAGGAAAAACAGAUCAUUAAUUCUAUUAAGUCAAGGAUUUCUCGAGAUCGGCAGUUUGAACCAGAUCAGGAAGAGGUUAACACCCGCUUCAUUUACUCUCAGUUACUGUAUAAUCAUUAAAGUCCUAAUGAUAGUGGUGUUGGAGCAGACUUACAUUAAAAUUUUAGCUUAAACAUAACAACACCACACAGAAACUCUAUUAAAAACAUUUUUUCACACAGUCUUCAGCCUACCCAUAGAAAUAUGGAAGCUAGCAAGGCUCUGAACUAGACUUAGGAGAAAACAGACUCGCUUAAGAGAUUGAAUUUUGGUGCUCCUGCCUUGUAUAAGAUAGGCGAAUUUAAAGAGUAUCGGAAAUAUGUCGGCAAGGAGUUGAUUAGGAACAUUAAACGUUAAGAGCUAGUGGAUAGGAGUAGAGACAGGGAAAUAGAAGAUCUAGAUUUGGUAAACUAAAUUAGCUAUGGGUAUUAAAAUGCCUCUUCUCUUAGUAAGAAUGAGACACUAAGGAAAUCUGGUAAUAAUCUGGGUAGCCAGGUAUAUUUCCCAAAAAUCCAAAAACAAAAGGUAAUUGACCAGUUUAUAAAUCUUUCCAAUGCUGACAUGAUGAAUCAAGGGAUAUCCCAGAGAUAUAAAAAUCUUUAUUCCAAUGGACUUUCACCCACUUCUAUCAUCAAUCAGAAUUUAGCUCUUACACUAAGAAAUAAAGAACUUAGCACAUAAAGGACAAAUGGAAUUGAUGAGCAUUUCCUAAAUUCAAGAGAAAGUGGUUAAAAUGGAGGCAGAACAAUAGAUCCAAAUUAAUACUAAGACUUUGUUUCAUCUAAUCGUCCCACAUCAAAUCCUAAUUCUGCCUCUAUGAAUCCAGCCACUAUUAGGAAAAUAGACUAAAACUAAUUCAAUUAGAAACUACACUAAUUUAGCAAACUGAAAGAAGAUUAUUUGUCUCGCUUUAGAGAGAAUCAUCAGGAUUCUCAAAAAUUAGAUAAUACUCUCGAAAUGAAUGGCGUCAUUAACAAUACCAAGUACCAAGUCAAUCAUCUAAAGGCUAUUUAUCAUGUUGCCUAGGGUGAAUUCAAGUUGAAAUCAUAAAAUCCAGAACUAGCUUUAUAAUACGAUCCACAAAUAGUUAUUCCAUCAUUAAGACAAUACACAUCAGAGGAGGAAGAACCACAUAAUUAAUCAAUGAAUAAGUAAUCAUAUCUGUACACUUCCAUUAAUGACUCAGUGGAACACGAAGAUUUAAAGCACCACUCUAUAUAGGAAACACUAAAUAACCAUAAUAUAUAAAAAUCUCCAAGAAAGAAAAAGAAGCGUAAGAUUAGACGACACCCAAAAAGUAUUCAAGAACGGUUAAAGCAACUUCAGGAGGAGCGAAAAAAGAUCUAAGAAUAAUUAAGAAACAAGUACUACUGGAAUAACUUCACUAUGAAGAAGGAUGAUCUUGAAGAGGACGAAGGCAAGUAAAGUUAGCUUUCUGAGAGCCAGCAGGAAUUAUAAAGGAAUAUGAGGAUACUCAGAAAGUUCCAAAGGUUUCCCCUCACUGAACUCCAGAUUGAGAGAAAAGCUUUUCUCAAUGAUAUGAAAUAAAAAUAUGGAGAAGGAAAGAUUGACAUGAUUGUUGCCCAGUAAAUUGAUGAAUACAAAUUCAAAAAUUUAGAUGAAAAAGCUGAUGAGCUCUAUAAUCUAUAAAAGUAAUCUAUUAAUCAUUGA